UGUUUUCUCUCAUAUAAAUCAAUCAAUCUCAUCAUAGAGUCCUGUGAUCGAUAUUGGAAAUUUUUUUUUGAAUGUAUGCAUCAUGUUGAUGUUUUAAUUUUGAUUUGGUGAAAACGAAAAUCAACAACAACAAAAAAAAUGAAAUCAUUUCAUCAUCAACAAACGGAAUUAUAUUGGCAAUCGUCUUCGGUAAAUGAUGAUAAUAAUAAUAAUAAUAAAUUUCCAACAACGGUGACACCAUCAUCAUUAUCAUUACCAUUAUUAUUAUUACGGAAAAAUGAAAUCUUUAAUCGUCUAUUAUUUAUUUUGACAUUUAUCAAUGUUAUCACCAUUUGUUUUGGAUUCUCUGAUGAUGCUGUUUGUAGUAUAAGCCAAUUUGAAUGCGAAAAUUCAUAUCCAAUUCGUUGCAUUCCAUUAUCAUUACGUUGUGAUGGAUAUCCGGAUUGUCGAGAUAAAUCCGAUGAGAUCGAUUGUCCAAAAAAUAGUUGCGAUGAAACAGAAUUUGCUUGCAAUUCAACAAAGAAAUGUAUAUUUGCCGCAUGGCGUUGUGAUGGGGAACCCGAUUGUGAGGAUGGGUCCGAUGAGCUUGAUUGCCUGAACUGUGAACAGCAUCAAUUUCGAUGUGCUAAUAAUCGUUGUAUUGAUAAGAAAAAUGUAUGCGAUCAUAUUGAUGAUUGUGGUGAUGAUUCUGAUGAAUCGGUUCUUGCAUGUAUGUUUCAUCGUUCACUAUGUACAAAAGAUGAAUUUAAAUGUUCAAAUGGUCAUUGUAUUCCAUUGAAUUUGGCAUGUGAUGGCCAUAAUGAUUGUGGUGAUGAUUCGGAUGAAAAUUCACCAAAUUGUACACAAUGCUUUAUCGAUGAUUUUAAAUGUAAAAAAUCAAAUGAAUGCAUAUCAAAAGAGAAAUUAUGUGAUCAAAUUGAUGAUUGUCCAGAUGGUGAAGAUGAAUUUGAUUGCGAUAAACAUCAUCAACAUUAUUCUAUUCAUGGUUCAAUUUGUCAACCGGAUGAAUUCAAAUGUCACAAUAGUUUUGAAUGUAUUCCAGAAUAUUUGGUUUGUGAUCAAAAAUUUGAUUGCAGUGACGAUUCUGAUGAACGAAAUUGUACAUAUCGAUGUGAUUUUGCCGAAGAAUUUCUUUGUCAUAAUGGUGUAGAAUGUAUACCGAUCUCAUUGUAUUGUGAUGGUUCAUCUGAUUGUAUGGAUCAUUCGGAUGAAGCAAAUUGUCAAAUUGUUGAUCUGCCAAAUAAUACUACAUCAUGUCGUAAAGGUUUCAGAUGGAAUCCAAAAUUAAAACGAUGUUACGAUAUAAAUGAAUGCAUCGAAGAUUAUAGCAUUUGUUCAGGACAUCGUUGUAUAAACACUUUAGGUGGUUUUCAAUGUCAAUGUGCAGAUGGAUUUACCGUACUCAAUGAUUAUUGUGUUCGAAAUUUUACCAAUCAUCAUAAUCAGCUGAUAUAUUCGGUUGAUGAUCACAUACAAACAAUACGAUGGUCAAAAUCUUUAUAUUCUGCCCCAAAGAUUCAUAAUUCAACGAAAUUAUUUCACUUCAAUCAAGAUGAUGAUGAUGACGUGCCAUCUCAACUGGUUUUUGAUUAUAAUAUUCAUUCCAAUUAUUAUGUUGCAUCAAAUCAACGUGGUCAAUUAUAUUUGGAUCGCUUUGAUAAAGAUCGUCCAAUUGGAUUGGAAAAAAUAUCCGUACCUGCCAUUCUGGCACAAUGUCAUCAUCGUGUCAGAAGUUUAGCUUUAGAUUGGAUUAAUCAUUUGCUCUACUUAAUCAACACUGAUUUAAAUCAUAUCGAAGUAAUAAAAUUGCUCAAACCGAAUAAAGUUCUUGUAUUUGCUGAAAAUUUACAUGAAGCUCAAGAUAUUAAAGUGAAUCCAAUCGAAUCGUGGAUAGUUUGGAGUGAAAAAGGUCAAAUUAUUCGAAUGUCUCAAGAUGGCAGCGAACGAAAAUUGAUUACCGAUCAAGUUAUCAUGCCAAUGGGAUUGACAAUUGAUUAUCUUUCACAGCAGAUUUAUUGGCUAGAUGCCAAACUACAUUCGCUCAAUUCAAUACAUUUUGAUGGAAGUAAUCAACGAAUCAUAUUAAAUUCUGAACAAUAUUUAGGACAUCCAUUCGAUAUUGAUGUAUUCGAUAAUACAGUAUUUUGGAGCGAUCUCCAUACCGGUUCGGUUUAUGUGACCGAUAAAUUUGGCCGUAAUUCUGGCAUAUAUGAAUUAUUUACUAAUAAUCGUUUACGACAUCAAAAUGUAACCUAUCUAGACACUAUUGAUUCGUAUAAACAACCACGAAACGAAUCAUAUGAUUGUCCAUUAAAUUGUCCAUAUCGUUGUAAUGUUACAUUAUCAUGUAUCUGUCCAGAACCAUAUGUUCUGUGCAGUGAUAUGAAUAGUGAUGAUCAUCAAUGUUUAAAACAUUGUUCAAACGUUGUCAAUACAAUGAGCAAGAAAAUUUUUUCUUUCCUACAUAUUGCAUCAUUAUUAUUAAUAUUAAUGAUAAUUCUGUUUGUUUUCAUAAAAUGUUGUCAAAAGAUUCGUAAAUUCAGUGAGAAAAAAUACAAAACAAUUCAAUUGAAUAAUUUACGGCCUUCUUCAUUUGGUCUUGGUCAUCAUCAAACUCAUCAUCAUCCAUUGGCCAACGGUGAAUCAUCAUCGGCAAAUUUAACAAGUAAUAUAUCCUCAUCGGAUGUUUGUAGUGAUCAAUUAAAAAUGACACAUGACAAUUGCCUUUUCAUGAAUGGUCGUCGUGAUGAUCAAUCAAGUGGUUAUUCAUCAUCAGUUUUAUCUGAUCAAACAAUACCAUAUUGUUCAUUGAUACGAAAAUCAACACUCAUUAAUAAUAAAAAUGGUAAUAAUCAUGUAUCGUAUUAUUUUAAUAAAAAUCCAAACAUCAAUAACGAUAAUGAU